CUUCCGGCGGCCGCGAGUGGCAGCCGAGGCGGCGGCUCUGGUGCUGUCCCGCCCCGACCCGCGGACCGGGCCUGGCCUGGCCGCCGGCCCAGCAUGCCGGUGCGGCCCGCCCCGCCUAGCCCGCCCGCCCGCUCCUGUCUAUGCGGCUGGCCUGUAGCUCCGGCGCUGCCUCCUCCGCGCCGCUGCGCUCCGGCUGGGACGUGACCGAAGCUCGUUGCCUGCCCGACCUCUCGUCCCCGGUGCUGCCCACACCCUGGAGGCUGGAGCCGUCAUCGGUGUUAAGCGAGGAGUCUGGAGAUCUUCUGGUGGCCAUGGAGGCUCCAUAUGAUGGUACUGAAGUAACUGUGGUGAUGGAGGAAAUAGAGGGCACUUACACCUACGCUUCACCGGUGCCAUCGAAGAAGAAAAAGAAGUAUAAAAGUACUGGUGAUCAUGGAGAGAAAGCCAAAAAGCCCAGGUCUGCUUACCUCCUCUACUACUACGACAUUUACUUGAAAGUGCAGCAGGAGCUCCCCCACCUCCCUCAGUCUGAAAUCAACAAAAAGAUCAGCGAGAGUUGGAGGCUGCUCAGCGUGGCUGAAAAAAGCUAUUACCUGGAGAAAGCCAAGCUAGAGAAAGAAGGAUUGGACCCAAACUCCAAGCUGUCCACUCGAGCUGCAGUGGUUCCAGACAUUCCAGGCUUCCGCAAGAUUCUUCCUCGCUCAGAUUAUAUAAUUAUUCCCAAAACCACCCUUCAGGAGGACAGGAGCAGGCAGUCGCUGGAGCUGUGUGUGACACAGGGUCAGGCAGCACCUGAAGGGUUAACAGCUCCCACCAAUGUCCCCAGUGUCCCCCGUGAUGCUGUGCAGAACAUCCUUUCUGUGGACUCGAGCCACGUUGGCCUUUCUGAGCAGUGCAUCGCCAUCGAAGGGCUGGCAGAAGAGACGGCUUCCUUUGGCCAGCCAGAUGCUGUGGAAGAAGUGGUUGCAUCAGAGGUUCUCUCUCACUAUGUUGGGCCUGUGACAGAGAAAGUAGCUGGAGACAUCCUCUUGGAUGAGGCUUCUUUGGAAAUAGAAGGGCAGCCGUACCAGACGGCUCGAGUAGUUAUUGAAGAGACUCUGGUUAGCAGCCCCACAGACAUCUCCAACGGGAGCAUUGCUGUGGCCAGGCCUCAGGUUUCAGAUGGUGUGUCUGUGGUGACCGUGGUGACUGGGAGGGAUGCUGAAGAGAGUAGCUCCUCCACACCUGCUGCACAGUUUAUUAUGUUACCUUUGCCAGCUCAUUCUGUUGUGGAGAACCCAGCAUCAAUUAAAUUGACGACCACCUACACGCGCAGGGGACAUGGCAAUUGCACCAACCCUGCCUGUUCCUUCACUUAUGUCACCAGGCAUAAGCCACCCAAAUGCCCAACAUGUGGGAACUUCCUGGGAGGGAAAUGGAUCCCAAAGGAAAAGCAACCCAAAAGCAAACCUGAGCCAAGCUCAGGCACCUCUCUCAAAACUCCAGCAGCCAAAAGAGGUCAGCAGUCAGCGUUCUCAGAACCAGCAGCUGGUAGCGAGGGUACCUCCAGGUCUGCCUUGGAAAGCUCGGAAGCCGUCAGCCAGCUGCUGAGUGCUGUGCCUGCUGGAGGCCAGGCACGGGACACAGAGUGGGAGGAAGUGAUCGUCUCAGAGGCUCACGUUCUUGCCGACAACGUGCUUGCUGAAGACAAAGGGGGCGCUGUGGGAGUGACCCUGGGCCAGGAGAGCCACCAGCAAGGAGAGUCCUCUUCAGAGCAGGCAGAAAGGGAGAGCGCAGGGCUGGGGAUGCUGCCGGCUUUGGAGGUGCCUGGUGCAAAUGCCUCUGCAAAAAAAGCAGUGGGGAUGGAUGCUCCAGCUGCUACACACAAAGGACAAGAAGUAAAGAGUAAACCAAGACCCAAGCCCUCCUUGCUGGCUGCAGCAAGACCCAUGAGAGCCAUUCUGCCUGCUCCAGCCAGCGUGGGGAGAGAAGCCAGCAGUGAGCAGCCUGGCAGCAGACAGGCCUUCACAACCACUGACAAACAUUCCCCUGUGAGAACAUCAGGCUUGAAGCCCAGCACCCUGAAGCAGCUGGGCCAAUCGAUUCUGCAGCCUCCGAGUGCCGAGGAGCGAAAGCUCCACAGUGCUUUGAGCAGCAGAGCUCCUCAGGUGAAAGUAGUGGAGGUCAAACCGGAGCUGUUCCCUUCCUACAAGUACAGCUGCACUGUAACUUUGGACUUGGGAUUGGCAACCUCCCGUGGCAGAGGGAAAUGCAAGAACCCCUCCUGCAGCUACGUGUACACAAACAGGCACAAGCCUCGAGUCUGUCCCAGCUGUGGAUACAAUCUUGCCAAAGACAGAGCUGAGAAAACAGCAAAAUCUCUGGAGGUCAGUCCAGGUCAGCCUGACGUGCUGAACACCAGCGAGCCCCUAAGCCCCUCCCAGAAGGAGACCCAGCGCCAGUCCACCCUGCAGCUGCUGCGCAAGGUAAUGCAGAUCCCCGAGAGCGAGUCGGAGCUGGCCGAGGUCUUUGCGCUCAUCCAGGAACUCAACAGCUCGCGCCUCAUCCUCUCCAACGUGAGUGAGGAGACGGUCACCAUAGAGCAGACCUCCUGGUCAAACUACUAUGAGUCUCCAGCUGCGCAGUGCCUCCUCUGUGGCAGCCCUCUGUUCAAAGGGGGACAGAAUUCCCUUGCUGGUCCUCAGGAGUGCUGGCUGCUGACAGCAAAUAGAUUACAGGUGGUUACAGCUCAGGUCAAAGUGUGCAUGAACCUCCAGUGUCUGGCCCUCCACAGCUUCACUGAUAUUUACACAGGCCUUUUCAACGUGGGGAACAAGUUGCUGGUGAGCUUGGAUCUUCUGUUUGCAAUCCGAAACCACAUUAAACUUGGAGAGGAUCCCAGGGUGGCUGUUUGCAACAUUCUUGACUCUGUCCAGGAGCAAACUGAAAAAAGCCUGAGCCCCGAGGAGCAGGGUCAGCUGCAGGAGCUGCUGUGCAAUGGCUACUGGGCCUUUGAGUGCCUGACGGUCAGGGAUUACAAUGACAUGAUCUGUGGGAUCUGUGGCAUAACCCCCAAGGUGGAGAUAGCCCAAAGGAAUGUGGACAACGUCCUGGCACUGAAAAACACAGAGUUCACUUGGCCAGACUACCUGCCAUCGAGUGAGGUGAACGUGGAAGACUUCUGGUCCACGAUGGAGACGGAGGUGAUUGAGCAGGUGGCUUUUCCUUCCAGCAUCCCCAUCACAAAGUUUGAUGCCUCCAUUGUUGCUCCUUUCUUCCCUCCACUGAUGAGAGGAGCAAUGGUGAUCAAUACUGAGAAGGACAAGAAUUUGGAUGCCCAGCCAGUGCCAGGUAAUGGGAGUGUCUUGGUGAGGCUCCUUCAGGAUGAAGUCCUCAGGCUUGAGCUAAUCAGCUCUUACAGUGAGGAAGAGCUGCAGAGCUUUCUGACACAGUGUGGCAUCCCCUGGGAGGCUUCAGACACAAAGGACCAGCUCUGCUACUCCCUCCUGACGCUGUAUGAGUUUGUGCAGAAUGGCUCAAGCAUCACACAAGCCUCUCCUCAUCACACAGGAGGAAAAAUCUACAAAGUGUGUCCCCAUCAGGUCGUGUGUGGCUCAAAGUACAUCGUGAGGGGAGAGAACGCCCGGGACCACGUGGACUUGCUGGUGUCCUCGCGGCACUGGCCCCCGGUGUACGUUGUGGACAGAGCCUCCUCGGUGGCACUGUGUGCAGACAUCUGCUGUCCUGGCCUCACUGCCCAGAUGUGGGGCAAAAACCAGGGCUGCUUCUCUGACCCCAUGGAUCCUCCAACGUGCGUGUCCUGCCCUGAGCUGCUGGAGCAGCACUGCAGCGUGGACGUCAGCGUGGCUGAGCACUCCCUGCAGCACCCCAUCACCCGGUCUGUGGCACGCAGAGUCGUCCAGGCGGGCUCGGAGCAGAGCAGCCAGCCGGACCCCACGGCUGGGCACCGCCGCCUCUCCCUCUGCCGGGAGCUGGAGCCCUACGGGGCCCUCAUCGCCGCCAUGGGCAGCAGCAAGACCGGCGGCAUCCGCCAGAGGGCCAUCACCUUCGAGAACGCCACGCACUAUUACCUCUACAACCGCCUGCUGGACUUCCUCACCAGCAGGGAGAUCGUCAACCGGCAGAUCCAGGAGGUGGUGCAGAGCUGCCAGCCCGGGGAGGUGGUGAUUCGGGAUGCCCUCUACCGGCUCGGCGUGGCCCAGAUCAAAACAGAGGCAGAAGAGGAUGAAGAAGGGAAGCAGGAGGGUGACAGAGGCUGCUGAGUGACAAAGCAGCUCCUUGGUUGGUUUCUCUCUGUGGUUGUGUGGAUGGCUGGGCUGGGCCGGGCCAGCUUCUGCCAGGCUUUGGCGGCUGGCUGGCUUCAGAUUUCAUUUGCAGGCGUGGAGAUGUGGUGCUGGUGGCUUUGCUGUUAAUGACCAAAGAGCUGUGUGCUUCCAUAGUGUCACCAGAGCUGCUGUGAGCACAGGUCCAUCACCCCCUUGCAGAGGGCAGCAGCUGCUUCCUGAGCUCUGUGAGGGCCCCACUGUUUGGUGGUGUGAAACCUUGCACUCCCCAUGGCUGGGGAGAGGAGAAGGGAGAGGUGA